AUGAGCCAUGUGGGCCAUGUGGACGGUCGGUCCCCGAAAGCUAUUAGAUGGUUUGAGAUCGUCGCGGAGUUCGUCGAGGAGGACUGCGCUAGCUAUGGUCGAUUGGCCUGGGCGGCGAAGGACAAGAUAGUGGAAGCGCUAUCGGAAGGAGCACCGCUAACCAAGCGAGCUCUCCGCUGUCCCACGAUGCUCCUGGUCAAGAUAGAGAGAUACGUCCUCGAUGACGGCGAGCCCCCUGCCUUGAGAGUUUUUGGAUGGGUGAAGCUGCUAAAGACGUGGGCUAGCCUCUGGUCGUCAGACCUGCAGGCGAUAAAGCCAGUGGAGCUGCGUCUGACCGAUGGGCGGCUAGCUACCACCCUGCGCAAGACGAAGACUUCGGGGCCCACUAAGAGGAUCAAGGAGUUGCCAGUCUGUGUUAGCGAGCAAGCUUUCUUCGAAGAUCCCCGCUGGCUAGAGACUGGGUUUGAGCUACUGAAGGGGCUGGCGAGCUUCAAGAGGGACUACUUGCUACCACGUCUUAGAGACGACCUGGCGGGCUUCGACAAGAAGAUGGCCGGCUAUUGCUGCUCUGACGUCUACGCCCGUUCAUAUGGUGGACGCGUGGCCAAGCUACACAGGAGCUACGCGGACGCUGCCAGGAAAGAAGAUCGCUAUGUGGAGCUGGACGAGAAAGAGAUCGGCGAGACACUAGCCGAUUGGCUAGUGGAAAGGCGAGGGCUCCGGCCAGAUAUGGCGAAGGCGCUAAGGACCUGGCAGAGAGCUGGGGCAGAGGGACCAUCGAGGCGCAGACGGCCGUGGACGUCGUGGCCCCGGAGAUAG